AUGUUUCGAAGAAAAUUGCCUUGCAAAAGGGCUGUUUUGGUCACGGAAUUUGGUGGUGUGCUCAGUGAUGAUAUGACUGGAUUUUAUAGAGUGUUGGAACCACAUUCUGGCGAAGAAAAACGAUAUGGGGCAUCGACGCAAUUGAGGCGACUUACGCCAGGCAUUGUUUUCCCUGUUGGACGACCCAUCGUUCAAGGGUUAACUGCACUAUCAAACAUGCCAGUAAAAUCGCAAAGUGUCUGUCGAGGAAGAAGGACAUUGACAUAUGAAACGACACCGGUGAUGUCUACUUAUUUACUUGCUUUUGUCAUCGGAGAAUACGACUAUGUUCAAGGGAAAAGUAAAGAAGGAGUACAGAUUCGUUGUUAUACCCCAAUCGGAAAACACGACAUGGGUACCUAUUGUGUAGAAAUCUCCGAAAAAUGUUUAACCUACUUCAAUGAAUACUUCGACAUCGAAUAUCCGAUGAAGAAAAUGGAUUUGGUUUCUGUCAAUGAAUUUAAUGCUGGUGCCAUGGAAAACUGGGGACUUAUAACAUUCAGGGAACGACUAGUGUUGACAAACAUCAAAGAAUCGAAUAAAUUCGACUUGUUCCGAGUCGUGGCAACAGUCGGUCAUGAAAUUGCCCAUCAAUGGUUUGGAGAUUUAGUCACUAUGGAAUGGUGGACACAUUUGUGGCUAAACGAAGGCUUUGCCACAUUUAUGCAAUACAUAUGCGUCAAUGAAACGAUUCCUGAGAGCGAAAUUUGGACGUCGUUUGUGAUGGAUCCCUUCAACACGGCCCUGACAGCAGAUGCUAUGGACAGUUCCCAUCCCAUAGAAGUUGAAGUUGGACAUCCCAAUGAAAUUGAUCAAAUUUUUGACGUAGUUUCUUACAAAAAAGGCUCAUCUGUGAUACGAAUGUUAGCCACUUUUGUUGGGGAAGAAAAAUUCAGAGAAGGUCUUAGAAUUUAUUUAAAAAGACAUAAAUAUGGAAAUACUGUGACCGAAGAUUUGUGGCAAGCACUUGAAGAAGCCAGUUGUAAGCCAAUAGCAAAAAUCAUGGGCACCUGGACCAAACAAAUGGGCUUUCCUCUACUCAACGUUUGCAUGAAACAAGAAGGUGAAAAUCGAAUAAUUACAUUGAUGCAAGAAAAAUUCAAUGCCGAUGGCAGCCGGGAUCAAAAUCAGACCAAAUGGAUUAUACCAAUUAGAAUCCUCACUCAAAGUUGUGCCUGCCAGGAUGACGAUAUUCCUACAAUGGAAAAGACAUGUAUGAAAAUCACUCUUGCCGGAGUAAAACCGGAUGAAUGGGUCAAACUGAAUCCGGGAUCAAUUGACUUUUACAGGGUUUUGUAUACUGAUGAAAUGCUGGAGCAAUUGAUACCAUCGAUAAGAGAUUUGUCACUACCUGUUGCUGAUAGAAUUGGUGUUUUGAAUGAUGUUUAUGCCGUUUGCCAAUCUGGCAGACAACCGAUAGCCCAGGUUCUCAAUCUUUUAAAAUCCUACAAAAACGAAAUCCACGCCACAGUUUGGGAAUGUAUAGACACUUGUGUAAAGCCUUUAUAUGAUCUUUCAGCUGCUUGUGAAUGCCAGGAUGAAUUUGCGUUGUUCGCCCUGGAUUUAUAUUCAGAAAUUAAAAAACGAGUGUCCUUCGACAUUUAUCCUGGUGACCAAUAUCUAGAUUGUGCAUUACGAGAUCGUAUCAUCAAUAGAUUGGUCGAUUUGAAAGAUGAGGAAACACUGAACGAAGCCAAAGCUAGAUAUCAAGAUGACGUUUCCGGAAACCGUCCCCUGAAUCCGGACAUCCGGAACGCCUGUUACGCCGCCGCCCUGACGACGACCGAUCCUAAAAUUUGGAAGAAUCCUUCGAAAGAUAUCGAUCGGAAAGAAAUAAUGCAACCCGAAAUUUGA